GCUACGUGGUUCGUGAGAUCUCCCUCAUCUCUUCUCCGCCAAUGGCCUCUCGUCUCCCACGUGAUCCCUGGCCCACGUCCUCGAAUGCCCUCCUGCCCGCACUCUACUUAUCGCCUUCCUCUUAGUUCUUCAUACUCUGCAACGCUGAAGCUUGCAGUGAUCGUGAUAGCAAGUGAGUCAUGGGCGAAUCAUCAUCAGCCUCCUACAUCCGCAUGGUGCAACAUCUGAUCGAGCAAUGCCUCGUCUUCCACAUGAGCAAGGACGAGUGCAUGGAGGCGCUCGCCAAGCACGCCGACAUAAAGCCCGUCAUCACUUCCACUGUCUGGAAGGAGUUAGAGAAGGAGAACAAGGAGUUCUUCCAGGCGUACAUGAAAGAUCAAGCGGAGAAGGCCAUGGAGAUGGAGGCCGCGCAGAGGAUACAGAAGAUGCUAUCCGAGUCGGCCGCCAAAGAUUCGGAGAAGGAAGACUAAGAUCAGAACCCUCCAAUGCCGUCGCCAUCAGUAACCUCCAUGAAUUCUUAGUUAGUAUCACGUCUGUCGCGAUCGCGGCAAGAAGAUCGAGUCUAAUGUAUGGGCCGUGGAAUGGUGAGGAAGAAGUCUGUGGUGGUGUGCAUGGAAUCUGGGGUGUGGAGUAGUACGUACAUGUGUAAGCAUGGGGAUGGCUGAUCCCUCUAGAUGUAUAGGAUUCGCUAAACCUAAUUCGUACGCCGGUAAGCCAUCGUCAUCAGACC